AUGCCUUCAUUUUUUCGUUCUAUUUAUCUAUCUUAUUUCUAUUUAUUUAUUCAUCUAUCUAUCUAUCUAUGUUCACAUCUAUCUAUCUAUCUAUCUGUUCUAUCUAUCUAUCUAUCUAUCUAUCUAUCUAUCUAUCUAUCUAUCUAUCUCACUAUGUUCAAAUAUAUCUAUCUAUCGAUCGAUCGUUCUUGGCUUUACAUACAGUUAUUUGAAUUGACUUCUUUCUUGAUCUAUCUAUCUAUCUAUCUAUCUAUCUAUCUAUCUAUCUAUCUAUCUAUCUAUCUAUCUAUCUAUCUAUCUAUCUAUCUAUCGUUCUUGACAUUAAUUCUUUCCCUCCUUAUAUUAUCCUUUAAAUAUUUCCUCAUUUACUUUCUUUCUUUCUUUCUAUAUUUUUUUCGUCAUUCAUUUAGUUUUUUUUUCUAUUCUUUAAUCCUUUCCUUCGUUCAUCAUUCCUUUCCUUCAUUCUUCCAUUUGUUUGUCUUCGCUUCUUUCUUUCUUUCUUUCUUUCAUUUUAUUUUAUUGUUCUUUUCUUCAUUAUUUAGUCAUUGCUUUACUUAUUUUUUACUUUUUAUCUUCGUUUGUUCUUUAUUUGCUAUUGCUUUCUUUUUCAUUUCUUUUUUUCUCUCGUUAAUAUUUAUUUCCGACACUAGAUCUAUCUAUCUAUCUAUCUAUCUAUCUAUCUAUCUAUCUAUCUAUUGA